UUUCAGACUUCACGGCGCAGCUCUCCCGAAUCCACGAGCAACACGCCGAGGACCUCCAGAGACUCGUGGAGAAUUUCAGAAAAAAGAAUUCCGAGCUGCGCAAUGAGAGACCCGGAACAAGCAGCCUAAUGGUUCAGGCGUGGGAGAGCUACCUGCAGGAGGUGGAGGUGGACUCGCAGACGCACGCAGACAUCUCGGGCACCCUUAACCGACAGGUGUCCAGGCCGCUCAUGGAGAAGACCUUCUACAGGAAGAUCCAGUCACGGAAGAUGUUCACGCACCGAGAGAGCUUCGACACCAUCCUCACGAAGACGGAGGAGAUGCUGAAGAAGUGUCGAAGGGAAUACAACGAGGCCUAUCAACUCCACUGCCGUACCCAGAGCAACGCCUCACUUGCCUCCUAUUUCGACGCUCACAACGCCUACGUACAGCAAUUGCACGCGACCAACGGCAUGUUGCAGGAGUACCAUCAUACCACUCUGCCGGCGUUACUAGAGGAGUUGGAGGAUGUUUACCUUGACGUGAGUGCAGUGGUGGCGGACUGCAUACUUCAUGGGGCUAAUAUCGUAGCUGUCAAGGCUUUGGAGCAGAGCAAGAGGUACGACUCUCUCAGCGGGAUGUGCCGAGGCGUGGACGGGCGGCUGGACUUGGUGAGCCUGGUGCGCGGGCUGGACGUGUCCCCUGGCCAAGGCGCCCAACGGCGAACUCUAUCCCCAGGAAGCUCCUCCUCCACAUCUCAAGGACGAACUCGUGCUCGACCGCCUGGCCGCCCUCUCCUCCAAAAACCGCUACGAGGCACUGCGGAAGGAGGAGGCCGACCUCGAGCGUCAGGUGGCCCAGCUGCAGGAGGCGCAGGAUACUCUCCAAAGGAUACAGCAGAGGAGCCUCGAGUCAUCGGUCUUCAACAAGGCCAACGAACUGCAGGAAGACAUCAGCAUGAAGCGCUUUGACCUCCGCGUCGCUCAGGUCCAUCUUUCUGCCGUCAGGUCACAGAAAGAGUUAUUCGCGUCAAAAGACGGGGGAGGGGCUGAGGGCCGAGAGAGGAAGAUGUCUAACUCAAGCGGAGGAAGUAUGAAGACCAAGUGGAUGAAAGCCUUUAAGUCUUUAAAGACAUCAGAGCCCACUAGUGGGAACUUGCCCCUCGCCCAGCCGGGGAAGCGCUACACAUUCUCGAGCACUGUGCUCUCCGUCAUGGCCCACAGAAAGAACGGGCGAGACAAGGAUGCAGCAGCUGUCAUGUUUGAAAGUACUCACAUCCUGCAGGAAUACACCUAUAAGAAAAUCACCGCCUGCGACGUCUGUCAGCAGAUACUUAGGGGACACUCCCGCCAAGGCUUGAAAUGCAGGAUGUGCAAAAUGAACGUCCACGCCGAGUGUCAGGACCAGGUGGGGAAGUGUCAACCCAAGUCCCGCCUGCUGCGACGUCAGCGCUCCACCUCCGAGAUCGAAAGCAAACAGAUGGACGCCGGAGAAGAAGACAACGAGCCCACUAUCAGCUUCAGCUCGCUUAUCGCCAGCCAGCCUGCCCGCCGGGGCGCGGAACCUGCGUCCUCUAGUGCGGCCACGGAGAUCCAAAUAGACAAGACGGAGGAAGUGGACCUGAUAUACCAGGUGCUGAAACAGGCGGGUGACCUGGGUGGGCGGCGCAGCACCCACGGCUCGGUGGAGCGCGACCUUGGGCGGGAGGUGGGAGGCUCAGGGGCGUCCUCGGGGUCCGGCAGCGCCACGUCCCUCUACAGGCGCCACCCUCGCCCCACUAACACCGGCUCCACUCUCACCGUGAACCCCGCCCCCGUCGCCUCCUCCUCAGCACCCAUCAGUCCACGCCGACACAAACUCAACUUGCGAAUGAAAAGUUUCUCACUUGACUCCCCGGAGUCAACCGAACAAGUACAGCGAAGGCGUCACGGCGGGUCGUCCCACGUCAGCCACGCCUCGUCGCACAGCCAGUCGCCAUCCAGCCCCGUGCACAACCGCCGCCUCCUCUCCGCCCGAAAUGUGAGGAUGAGCUCAGUUGAGCUUCCGGACGACAACGAAAAAUCGCUAAGUUCCGCCAGCACCUCACCGUGCCCUUCUCCCGUCAGUAAAAAACCUCACCGUCUUCUGCCCACUAACCUGUAUGUCGUCCUGUACAACUUUACGUCCAGACAUCCCGAUGAGCUCGAUCUAAGAGCCGGUUACAAAGUGACUGUAACGGACACGUCAGACCCCGACUGGUGGCAGGGCAAGUGUCUGGGAAGGACCGGGUACUUCCCCUCCAAGUACGUGACGCGCCUCAACUGCGGGGAGAAGCCACUUCAGGUCACACACAACUUACAGGUCACCGACGGAGACAAUGGCAUCAAGCUUCUGAGAGACCAGAUCGUCAUCCAGAUCGGGGAGGAAGUGGAAGGAAUGGUCAUGAUCCGCAACGGUGACAACCAGCAAGGCGUGUGUCCUCUGAAGUACCUCCAGGAAGCUUAAGCCCAGACGCGUCUCCCUUUGCAUUAAGCCUAAGACACAGACUCUAUCUCUCUCUAAAACCCCACCUAUCAUAACAAGGAAAAAAAGAAAAGAAAAAAGAGAGCUAAUAAGAAGAGGGGCGAGUCCUCUCAGGUACCUGCAGGGGGAGGAGAGGGCAUGGAUCAAAGACUGCCCUACCAGGUACCUGAAAGAAACUGAAAACGAGGAGUGAGUCUUCUCCCGUACCCGCAGGAGGCCCCACCCAUGCUCUCGAAGGCGUCUCGUCCAGUCACCCCGAACCCCGUCACUCGAGAUCAUCCUCAGCCACAAGUACUCUCGCAAAUUCAACCCCCCC